AAAGGUGGCAACGCUGGCAAGCCAAGCACAAAUAAAUAACAUUAACAUUGAAGUGAAAGUAGAAUUAAGCAAUUUCCAUGCAACGUUAAACAAUAACAAUUGCUAAAAUUUGCAAAUCAUGAACACCGACGCUCGGCAACGGCAUAAAUCAAACGAUGAACAGGCGGCAACAGUUGCCAAUGCGGAUGCAGUGGGAAAGACAAGCGCAUCAACGAAUCAAUCGCCAGAUGAUUGGAUCCGUUUAUCACAAUGGGUGCAUUGUUUUUGUGUUGUUACCUUCGAUCUGAACUUGGGCCAGGCACUCGAAUAUGUCUAUCCCGCCGAGUUUAUGCCCAGCGAUCAGGAGGUGAGCAACAUUUGCUACAUGGCCUUCCCGGACUCCAAUUCGGGCUGCAUGGGCGACACCAAGUUCCAUAUGCGUCUGCGGGCCAUCCAAAAUGCCAAACAUAAAAUGCCCGCCACCAUGAACCAAUACAAUGGCGACUGUGCGCCGGCCAUGCGCUACGAUAGCAGCCACUAUUGGGGAUUCGUUUACUUUCGACAGAAACGCGAUCCGAACCUGCCGCGCGGCUAUUUCCAGAAGAGCUUAAUCAUUAUAACGCGGCUGCCGUUCUUCAAUCUGUACUACGAUGUGCUCGCCCAGCUGGCGCCCAAAUAUUUCGAGCAGGGCAACGAACUGCUGCGCCGCGCCUGCGACCAAAUCAACAGCCAGUGGCCAAUGCUAAUGGUCGGCCAGACGCUCAAGCUGCCGCUGUUCGAGUACAACUAUCAGAUAUGCAUACCCAAGGCGACCAGCAGCAGUCGCAAAUUGCAGAGCUUACAUGUUAACGCAGCAACACCAAUGCCGCCCAAUUCGCAGCCAGAGAUGCCCAUAUCGGUCAAGGUGCUGGCAUCUGUCAAUGAGCUGGAGCUGUUCCACAGUCUGAGCUAUGUGAUAGAGCAUCUGUAUACGCUGUGGGAGCUGGUCAUCACAGCUGAGCCCAUUGUUGUGGUUGGCACCUCACCCGCUGAUUGCUCGCACAUGGUGCAGGCUCUGGUUGCGGUAAUAGCGCCACUUGAAUACUGUGCCGAGGCGCGUCCCUAUUUUACCAUACACGACAGCGAAUUCAAGGAGUUCACCCAAGAGUGCACCAAUCGACCCAUACCAGCUGUCAUACUGGGCGUCACAAAUCCGUUCUUUGUGAAGCUGCUCAAGGAUUGGCCGCACAUGCUGCGUCUGGUGGAUAAUCAGAAGAACAUGCAACAGCAGCAACAGGAGCUGCUGCAGCAGCACAAGAAUACGCGCAAUGCCAGCGCCAAACUGCCGCCGCAGCCAAGCGGCAACAAUCACAACAUCCUCAAUGGCAGCCUGACGGCAGCGAGCGAUAGCUCAGCCGCCGGACUGCAUACCAAAUACAAGCCGUACCUAAAGAAGGACAAGGCGCUGAUCAAGAAAGUGCUGCUGGGCAUUAAAACGAAGCGGCCGGAUCAUGUGCAGACGGCGCUCAUCAGGCGGCAUCUGUUGGAGCUAACGCAGAGCUUUAUGAUACCGUUGGAGCGUUAUAUGGCCUCCCUGAUGCCGCUGCAAAAGGACAUCAGCCCGUUCAAGUCGGCGCCCAAUGCCCACUCAUUCAAGCUGGAUGAUUUUCUGCGCAAGGUCGAAGAAGCUGGCCCACAGCUAACAUCCACGCUCAAGGGCGAUUGGAAGGGCCUCUACAGGCGCUUCUUUCGUUCGCCCAAUUUUCGUGGCUGGUACGAGUCGCGGCAUCGGGAGCUGCAGCUAACGCUGCAAGAUCUACAGCUGCAGGCGCUGUCCGAGGCAAAUCUGGAGCAUUGGGCACACGACAAACAGGAAGUGGAAAUAAUUGAUAUGAUACUCAAACUAAAACAAAAACUGAAUCUCUACAGUGAUAAGACACAGCUCGAGGGCAACACGAAUACCACCCAACGGCAGAUAAGGGCGCAAAUUGAGUGCAUGAAAGGCCUGCUGCCGUCCGAUUUGAAGAAUGUUGUGAAUCUUUGAUCAUUAGCUAAAUGCGCCCAACCCCCCAACACACCUGCAAUCUGCCCUUAACUCAAUAUUAUAUAUAUAUAUAUAUAUAUAUAUAUAUAUAUAUAUAUAUAGCUGAGAGCUGUUGUAUGAUAUUUGGUUAAUUGCCUGGCAGUUACAACAACACGUUAAGUAAAUCCCUUAAAUCAUGUCUAGAUACGUUUAUAAAAGAUAUCUCCAUAUAAGUAUAUCUAUCCAUAAAUGUGUGUGUGUGUGUGUGUGUGUGUGUGUUGUUGGUUCCUUAAAGCGAUUUAGCUUGUAAGUAAAUAGAUUUGUAGAUGUGUACAAACAAAUAACCAUAUCCACAAUGUUUUCCAAAACCUCAACUUGUAUAUAUCUAUAACUAUAUAUAUAUAUAUAUAUAUAUAUAUAUAGUAUUUGGCUACGUUGCGCAACGAAUUAGUCACAUUAUCAUCGUUCAGAAAUAAAUCCUAUUCAUGUAAAACCAACAUUAGACGAUGGAUAUUACUGUUCCAUAUGCUCUUCAAGUGCUCCCACUUAUUAUAUAUAUAUGAUAUUAAUCCAUAGAAAGCUCAUUCCCGUUUUUGGUUGCGCCACAAAUUAACAUUAAGUUCGCUUUUACUUUAUCACUUUUAGCGCAUGUUCCAUUCCAGCAUUCCACAAGCAAAUUUUUAGGUUAGGAAUUAAAAAAAAAAACCUUUUCUUUAAUGUAUUUCUUUUCUGAGAACUUUUCUGUGUUGUUGUAAUUGUUUAACUUAUUCUUAAUCUGAAUUUGUCUUUCAAUCCAUGUUAAAUUUGCCAAUAUUUUUCGAAUCAACAAAAUUUUAGACUAUGCAGCGAAUAAUUUCAAUAAUACAAGUUCAUAUAUUUAAGUUGGAAAA